AUGUCCUCCCCAACCUCCACAUCCACCUCCCCCUCCACGCCCGGAGACUCAGACCAGGGACAGCCUCCAAUCGACCCCUCCCUAACCAAAAAAGGCGCCCGCUUCUGGCUGAUCAUGCUAGCCCUAACCGUCUCCGGGCUGCUCGCGGCGCUAGAAUCCACCGUCGUCGCAACCGCCCUCCCCUCCAUCACCGCCGAGCUGGGCGACGGCGCCAAAUACACCUGGGUGAUCAUCGCCUACUUCCUAACAAUGACGGCCUUCCAGCCUCUCUUCGGGCAGCUCUCGGACAUCUACGGACGGCGGUACCUCGUGAUCAUCAGCGUCGCGGUCUUCGCGCUCGGCAGCGGCAUCUGCGGCGGCGCAAGCUCCAUGGACAUGCUGAUCGCCGGCCGCGCGGUGCAGGGGCUCGGCGCGGGCGGGAUCAAUGUCCUGGUCGAGACGAUCGUGUGUGAUAUCGUGCCGCUCCGCGAGCGCGGCAGUUACCUGGGGAUUGUGUUUGGGGGCAUCACGGUGGGCACGGCGAUUGGGCCGGUCAUUGCGGGUGUGAUUGUGCAGCGGAGUACGUGGCGGUGGGUGUUUUACUUGAAUCUGCCGAUUGCGGGCGUGGGGCUUGUGCUGUUGGUUCUGUUUCUGAGGGUCAAGACGACGCGCGCGACGCUGGCUCAACUGGGACGGCGCCUCGACUGGAUUGGGAAUGCCCUUUUCGUGGCAGCCAGCACGUCGGUUCUGAUUGGGAUUGGCUGGGCGGGCGCCGUGCAUCCCUGGGGCUCUGCGCAGGUUGUCGUCCCGCUGGUCCUGGGGAUGCUGGGGCUUGUGGCCACGCUGGUGUUCGAGGGCGUCUUCGAGGGGACGAGGUACUGCGCGGACCCCUUCAUGCCGCUGCACCUGUUCAGCAACCGGACCAGCGCGGUGGCGUUCAUCGCGACCUUCUUCCACGGGAUCACGACGGUCUGGGUGCUGUACUUCCUGCCGGUGUACUUCCAGGGCGUGCUGAUGUCGUCGCCGAUCCGGUCGGGGGUGCAGCUGCUGCCGACGGCGCUGUUCAUGACGGUCGCGGCCGUGGUCGGGGGCGCGACCAUGCAGAAGCUGGGCAAGUACAAGAUCAUCCACAUCGUCGGGUUCGGCCUGAUCACCAUCGGAUUCGGCAUCUUCAGUCUUCUGGACGGGGAGAGCUCGACCGCGGAAUGGGUCAUCUUCCAGCUGAUUGCGAGCGGCGGGCUAGGGCUGAUCAUCUCGACUGCCCUUCCGGCCGUGCAGGCCAAGCUGACAGACGCCGAUACGGCCAAGGCGACGGGCACGUGGCAGUUCCUGCGCAGCUUUGGGCUGGUCUUUGGGUCGGCGAUUCCGACGGCCAUUUUCAACACGCGCUUCGAUGAGGUUGCCGACCGAGUGGGUGAUGAGCAAGUGAGGGCGCUGUUGGUGGGUGGACAUGCUUAUGAACAUGCGACCCAGGCGUUUCUGAGGACAUUGGAUGAGACAACCCGGGCCCAGGUCAUUGAUGCUUUUACCGUUGCAUUGAAGCGGUCGUGGCAGGUGGGGAUUGCCUUUGCAGGGGUUGGGGUUCUGCUGGCGUUGUUGGAGGAGCAGGUGGAGCUGAGGGAGGAAUUGAAGGGCGACUUUGGGAUCCAGGAGGGCAGGGUGAAGGAGGAAAAGGCGAAUGUGCAAGCCUAG